AUGGCGCAAGAACGUUCCGGAAUCGUGGUCGGUCUGAACAAGGGCCACAAAACCACCCCCCUCAACACCCCCAAGACCCGGAUCAGCCGUACCAAGGGCCAGUCUUCCCGCCGCACGGCUUUCGUUCGUGAGAUCGCCCGCGAGGUUGUCGGUCUUGCCCCCUAUGAGCGUCGUAUCAUCGAACUCCUGAGAAACGCUCAGGACAAGCGCGCUCGUAAGCUCGCCAAGAAGAGACUCGGAACUUUCGGCCGUGGUAAGGCCAAGGUUGAGGACAUGCAGCGUGUCAUCGCCGAGGCCCGCCGCACUGGCGCUCACUAAACUUUCCAUUUCUACCCGAUCCAUCCUCCUGUUUCCAGUUUUCUCUACUCCUAUUAGCCAAGAAUGAGAUAACGAAAACAUCAUCCACCCAUCCAUCAAAAAUGAAAUGAAAGUGAAAGUGAAUGUCAGAUGAAUACCUCCUCUUCCUCUUUUUUUUUUUUUUUUUU